AGGGCAUUGGCGCUCGCGCUCCACCCUGAGGAAACUAAAUGCGUCAACUUUGUUUGAGUUCGUUUGUCUGCGUGUGCAUUGGUGAGAUGUGUACGUGACAGGCGCGGAGAUGAACGAGGACGCAUUUGAGGUCCCUGAGAGGACCGAGUACCGGUAUCUCGUUCAGGAGGAAGAAGAGGACGAGUUGCAGUACGUCCGUCACAGACAAUACAUCAGCCCCUUCCUGGUGCUCUCCAGACGCUGCAUCUUCUUCAUUUGCCUUGGCGUGCUCACCCUCCUUGCUCUCGCCACCUAUCUGGGUUACGUGGCCCAGACGCUGCCACCAGGUCUCGUCCAGGUGUUGACCGACUGUGGAGAGUACAGAGGGAGAUAUAAAAAUGGAGCCUACUCCUUUAAGGGUGUGCCCUAUGCUGCCCCACCCAUUGGUGAGCUGCGUUGGGCUCCUCCAGCUGCACCAGUGUGCAAGAGCACGGUGAAUGACGCGGGCCGCUUCCACAGUGUGUGUCCUCAGGUUCGCCCGAUGUCCAGCACGGGGAAGGUGAUUGGUCAGGAGGACUGCCUCUUUGUCAACGUGUGGACGCCCACGCUGAAGCCCAAUGCCAAAGUACCUGUCAUGGUCUGGAUCCAUGGAGGACACCUGCACACACUCAGCGGAGGAGAAGAGGGCUACUCACCCUCAGAGAAGCUCGCUGCGGACACGGGAAUGGUUUACGUCAGCUUUAAUUACAGACUGAAUGCCUUUGGCUUCUUGGCCCUGGAGAUACUAAGAGAAGGUUCUCCAAGUAACACAUCAGGGAACUAUGGCCUCAUGGACCAGAUUGCAGCUCUGAAGUGGGUCCAGAGGAACAUCCACGUGUUUGGAGGAGACCCUGGGAAAGUUACCAUAUUUGGACAGAGCUCAGUGUGGACACUGAUGAUGUCCCCGCUGGCGAAGGGUCUCUUCCACGCCGCGGUGGACAUGAGUGGCCCAUACCUCCACAACACCACACUGAAACAGGCCGAGUCGGACAAUCUUGUGUUCCUGAAGAAGACGGGCUGCAAAGACCUGACCUGCCUCAGACGUCUCUCUGUCCGAAACGUCCUACAGGCUGCCCCAUGGCAGGAGUACCCAUACUGGGCAGCAGAUGAGAUGACAGACCUGCCCACCAGAGGGCGUUAUAUUAGAGCUAUGACAGUAGUGGAUGGAUUGGUCCUGGACGCUCCACCUUUUGAGGUGUGGGAGAAGAAGGGAGGCCACAGUGACGUACCGUUCCUCAUCGGGUCGACGAAGCAGGAGGCGGACUUCAGUCCACGGGCUGCAAACAUCUCCACGUGGACCUGGGGGGACUACAGGUGGUUCGUUACAGACAAACUUCAGUCCUUCAGUAAGAAUCUCACCAAAGACGCUUUGGACCUGUAUCCGAGCUCAGCACCAUGUCCCACCACGGACCGCUGCCCAGAGAGGGCCUACACCACCAUGGUGUCCGAUAUCAGGGUCACCUGCCCCAAAGACGAGCUGGCCCAGAAAGCUGCAGCUGAACUGAACAGCCCUGUGUAUCGGUACGUGGUGACCUACACGCCGUCAGGACAGGUCAACGUGUCCACAGCGCUCCUGCCCUUUCCCAGCCGCUUCUCCUUUCACCGCCUGGAUGCCGUGGCUUUCUUUGGCGGACUGGAGUUUGUUCUGGGGAAGCCGCUUUCUGAGGAGGACAAGAGCUUCCAGGGUCUGAUCACACAGCACCUUGUCAACUUUGCCAAAACAGGUAAGAUGGAAACUAAGUGGCCUGCGUUCCCAGAAGCCACAGGUCUCCUUUCCAGCAGCCUGAAGCUGGUCCAGGACUAUUCCUCCACUCGGUGUGACCUGUGGAAGGAGAAUGGCCUGUUCGCCUACGCCUGGAUGAAUUGAGCCAUAUUCGACUGCUUAAGGUUUUGGUUGUUGAUCAUUUUUCCACUUUUUUUCACAUUUUUAAAGGGCUUGUUUGCAAAAUUAUUCAAGCAAUAAUCAUUUUUUAAUGACUUAAUAAUAGGAAUUAGAUUCAGGUUUGGAUUUGCACGCUCACAUAAUGCCUCAGGUACACAUCAGUGGCUGACUCCACCCACCCUUACCGAAGCAGUGAAUAGUGAGCAGUGAGUGAGUUAUAAUUUAAGUAGGAAUAGAGUCCACCAAUAUCAACAUCAGAAAGUCUGUCCGUCCACAAACAACCAGCUAACUCUCUCUCUCUCUCUCUCUCUCUAACAAGACUUAAGUGCUCUGCUCUGAGAUUGUCAGAGCAGAGAAGUCUGGUCUACCUGCUCAAGUGGAGACCAGAUUCCACAAACAUCGUGGUUCGUCAGUGUUUGUACAGAAUAUUAACAUAAAGACUCCGAUAACGUGAUUUUUUUUUUUUUACCAUUUUGGUGCUAGUUUAACGACAUAUUGCACAUAAACGGAGCUAGUUUAGCAGGAGGAGUUGAGCCACCAUGAAGCCAUAUUUUUCUCAUGUCUCAACAUUUUUUAAAAGACUACUGGAGAGAAGCUAUUUUCAGGUUUUUAACUCCAUCAUUCUUUACUCCACAUGUUCUCAGCAACGGUUUUUUUUUUUACAUAUAUAAUGUGUGAAGACAAGAAAUGCUGAGUUUGCUUUAUGGGAUCUCUAAAGGGAAUUUGACUUGUUCCUGGGUGAAUAUGCAGUCCUCUGUCUACAGUUUAUUUUUUUAUAAAUUCAGUGGCAUGGUUGCAGUGAAGCUGUGAGAUACUGUGUGUGAGCUUGAUUUGUUUAUGUGUGUGAACUCAUGUUUUUUAGUUUUAAGCUUUUUUUGCACAGAUUUAUUUUGUAUUUUAACCUUUAUCCACCAAGUUUUUGCACUUGUCCUGAGAACUUACAUGUAACAUGAGGCAUGUACAGUACUGUGCAAACGUCUUGGAGCACCACUAGAUUUGUUGUUUUAGCAAUGCUAUGAUGACUAUACAGUAUAAUAAUUUCAAAUCACCUCAUUGGGAUACAUCCAGAAAAUGGGCGAAAUAUGUACACAGUAUUAGAUAACACGAUUUCAGAGGGAGAAAAACAUUACGGUGUCAAGUAUUUGGUGUGACCUACCCUCACACUUGAACAGUAGCAUGACCUUGGCUCUCUUAAUAAGUAAUGUUACUGGUAAAAACCUGUGUCUGUCCUACUAUUUCAUGUCGAGAAAUAUCUGCUGUGAAGGUCUUUUACACUAGGUUUAUUCAAGACAUGUUUGAGCAUUGAAUACACAUGUUGUAUGAGUUUAACUCAGUAACAGUUUAAGGAAGAUAGAAGACCAAGUGUUAGUCCCCUCAGUCUUAUCCAAAUGCCAAUGACCACAGAUUUUCACAGACUCCUUUGUUUUUAUUUUGAAUAUUUUCACUUCUACUAGAGACAGUAUAUCUCUAAUUGUUUUUAACCACAUUUGAGCUUUUGUUAUGUUGAAAUACUCGUGUUUUAUUGCUUUAUAUACUCAGUAAAUUGACACCACUUUUUUUAUUUUUAUUUUAUUUGUCACUACAGUUUUUUUACUUAUCUUAGUUCAGGCUUUCGUGGCUAAAGGCUAAUGUCCAGGAGCGGUCAAGCAGCUAAGACAGAAAUGUUUCACUUUUGAAUAGAGAAAUGUAUGGUUUGAAAUGUGUGACUAACCACUUAGUUUAAAUACAAACUCUAACUGAA